UCUCGCCUCUUAGUCUUGGGCACAGAUCAGACAAAAGUUGUCUCAUGCAUUGCACGCACUUAUUGAUCAAUUCUCAAUUCUGAUUUUGUGAACGGAAAGUGAGACUGCUAUCGAAAUAUCUAUAAUUGCGUUGAAAUGUGAAAACCGUUGUAAUAACUAAAAUCUUUGUAAAAUGUUUCGAAAUAUAUUAUGGUGCUACGUUUUCCUACUGACUUUGCUGGAUUUAUCGCUGAAAACUAAGCUGACGGCGCAGGGAGAGAGCCAUGGUGUGUCAAUUCAUGAUUCGUUCAUAGAAGGCAUCACAUUUCAGGAAUGGGAUCAGGAGGCAGGCGCCGAGGUCGCGGUAGAUGCUAACGAUGAGAGCGUCGAAGGCGUGUGGGCGUGGCCGCGCGCACUAUGCUUCGGACGCGUGCCACUGGGCGCUGCUCACGAGCGCUCAGUCACCAUCACAAACCGCGCUAACACCACGCUCCACCUGGCCUCCGUGGCCGGCACCACGCCCGACUUCCAUGCCUCCUUCUUUGACUCCAAGACGCUGGCGCCAGGUGGCAACACGACGUUCAGCGUGGUGUACCUGGGACGGCGCGAGGGCCCAGUCGCUGCGCACCUCUACCUUCACACUUCGCUCGGCGUGCACAAGUAUUCGGUGUCGGCGGUGGGCGAAGCGAGCCCGUUCGACGUGUGGCCGCUGGUGGGUCUGCGAGUGCCGCUCAACGCUACACUUGAAUCCGAGCUGACGCUGUUCAACCCCACCGACACCACUAUACAAGUGCACGAGGUGUACUCGACGAGCGAGUGGCUGGGCCUAAUGCUGCCGGCGGGAGAAGAGCAUGUGCCGCGUGCCGCUUGGGCUGUGCCGCCGCGAGAGAGACGCACGCUCGUGCGGCUAAGGGUGGCUCUGCCACCGCACACGCUCCACCCGCUCACCGCGUACGUGAGGGUGAAAGCGGACCUGCCGGGCGGUGGGCUGCUGCUAGCGGUGGAGGCGCGCCCGGUGCAGGCGGGCGAACACGCGCGCCCUCUGCACGUACGGCUCGGCUCGCGCGGCUCCGGCGACGGAACACACACGGUGGAGCUGGAGCUGGCCAACAGUGCCGACACAGACUUGGUGUUGGAGGGCUACGUGAGCGGAGCGGGCUGCUGGCGCGGCGCACCGCCUUCGCCCUGCACCGCGACUCCCGACGUGCGGAUCAACGGUGGCUCUUCGCCAGGCGUGCGCCUUUCGCUUCUACGCUCAAAACUCAAGCCACACCAGAAUUUCAUCAAGGCGGCACAACUGACGCUCAAUUAUGGAGAGAUGUGGGCGGCGGGAUCGUUGGACGGCGCGGCCGAGGCGUGGUGUGUGGGCUGCGUGCGGCUGGGCUAUACACUCGUGCCAUACAGCGUGCGGCUACUGCCGGGUACUCUGCGGUUCUCGCCGCCGCAGCUGGACGUCGUGACAGCGAGUGCGGACGCCACGCGCGAGCAUGAACUGCGCGCGCACAACGAGUUCGCACGGCCAUUUCGCGUCCUGGCCGUGACGCUGCCCGACGACGUCGCGAAGUAUUUCCAGAUGGUGUCGAAUGCGCCGCUGACGCUUGCGCCGGGCACGUCCGCGGUCGUGGCGCGCUUGCUUUUGAGCGAGAGAGCUCUGCCGCCAGAAGUGUCGGUGUCCACGGCGCUGCUGGUGUAUACGGAUGUGACGCAAUACCGCGUGCCGCUGCGCCUCUACAGCGGACGGAUGCUCUUUGAGUGGGAUUGGUGGCACACGACGAACUCGCGGCUGCCGCUGGGCACGUUGGGCAUGUCGACGACGCGGCGCGUGGGCGUGCGCCUGCGCAACCCGGCGCCCGUGCAGCUGUGCAUAGGGGCACUGGGCGCGCGGCUACCAGGCGCGGCGGCGUCGUUCGCGCGAGCCGCGCCUGCUCCCUCGUGCGUGGGGCCGGGUGCGUGGGCGCAGGCCUGGUUGACCGUGGUGGCGCCGGCGCGCGAAGGCGAGCUACGCGGCGAGCUGCAGCUCAACACCAGCGCGCCGCACGCCACCUGCAACACGGCGGUAGUAACGAUGCGCGUGCGCGCCGGCAACAUGCGCCUACUGCCGCUGCGAAUGCCGCCCUCCGCGCCGUACGCGGACUCACGGGCGGUGCUCGAGGCGCAAAGCACCAUGGAGGUGGACAUGGUCGUGCUUGGCGUGUCAGUGCAGACGCGCAGCGACGGGCCUGCUAUCAGCUUCGAGUGGGGGACGGAGAACACCGGCAGGGUACUACGGGGCUUGUCGCGUGUGUCGCUAAUAAGACACAGCCCGCACCGCCGCUGCGAGCCCAACUGCUACUGCGGGCUCCCGGACGGCACUGAAGAGGCCGCGGGGUGGUUGCGACGUAGCGAAACGCUGGAUGCCGCGGCGCUGCUCGAAGACUUGGCGCUAUUGAACGCUCGGCUGGCGCUGUUCGACUGGCAGCGCGCGAUGGUGGACACCAACUUCACGCUUAUCGUGCAAACCGACGAGAUGCGACAGAUGGAGGUGGCGGGCACGGCGCCGCUAGCGUGGCCUCGCUUCGCCGCAGAGGGCGCGGGCCGUUUGCCUCUGUCGGCCGUUGGGAGCGAGAGCUAUCUGCGGCUGCCAAUACGCAAUAACGCACACGUGCCCGUGCUACUGCAGGCGAUUAUUGGCGUCGAGCCGUACGCGCUGCCAGACCUGCCCGACAGAGCGGGCGGCGCGCCACACUGCGCGGCGGAGCGCUGCGACACCACGGCCGACGUGUUCCGCCUAACGGGCUGGAGAGUGCUGAGCGGCAGUGCCGAGCCGUGGAACGCGACCGACAACGUGUCACACACCGAUAACGUAACCACCCUAGCAUUGCCGCUGCUGCUACUGGCGCCGCACACGGAGUUGGAGAUCGGCGUAAAGUUCACGCCGAAGUACUCCGGCUCCUUUGCGUCUCACAUCUAUUUAAGGAAUAAUUUAACCAUCCUAGAAAGCGUCCAGCUGACCGGCGAAGGGGCAUAUCCGAAUUUUGAAUUAUCGGGACGGCGGCCGGGAUCCAACUCGCCGCUUGUAAUAGAGGUGACGAAGUGCACGUGGGACACGGAGACGACGAUGUCGCGGCGCUUGAUGGUGCGCAAUACGGGCCGGGUUGAAGUGCAACUGUCGAACUGGAGCGUGGCGGGCGCGGGUUGCGAGGCGCGCGGCUUUUCGCUACGCCCGUGCGGCACGAAGUACCUGAAGCCCAAUAAGACGCAGGCGCUGCACGUGCACUUUACGCCGGACUUCACGCUGGCGCGCGUAUCGGCGCCGCUGACCGUGCGCUCGGAGCGCGGUGCGACCGAGUUCGUGUUGCUGGCCACGGUGCCCGCCAAGGUGCUGGCGGGGUGUGCCGCGGAGGCGCCGCGCCCGCCCUAUGAAAGCGCGCUGCGCUUCUACGGCAUUUGCAUCGCCUUCGUCGCGCUGAUGAUCGUGCUGUCCACCGCCUCGCUCGACGCAGAGAACCUUAUGAAGCGCGCGCGAGCCGCACGCGCCGCGGCUACUCCCCGCGCCGCUCUAGACCUUCGUACGCUGUCAGAGCCCGUACCGCCCGCAGCGACCGUUGCGCGCGCGGCCCCGCGGCGCCGCCGGGCUGCGCGCCGCCCUCUGCCUGCACUAGACCCGCGCGCCGAACGCCGCGCCUUCGAACGCUGGCGAGCGCAAGUGCUGCGCAGUGCCGACGAAUCCUCCCGCUCCAGCGACGACGACGACGACGCCGCGGCCCCAAACGCGAGCACCCCCGAGCCAGAGGCCCGACCCGCCGACGAAGAUGUCGACGUCGUGUCCAGCGGCUCCGACGAGUCGAAUGCCGCCGAUGAGCGCGACGACGAACCCUACAGCGCGGACGUGGAGCCCGACGUGCCCGACGACGACGCUCGCGACGACGAGCCGCAUGAACCCGCCACGCCGCCUGCCGAGUGCGCGCUAGCCGCAACGCCGACGCCUGACGAGGUGCGCACGCACAGCCGGCGCGAUGCGGGCGACCCACCGCGCCGCCCCGAACGCACGCGCUUCGACUCAGAGCGCCGCAGCGUGCCUAGCAGGUUGCACGUUCGCAAGGAGCGAGCCAGCAAAAGGCGAGCCGAGCGCGUGCCGCCCACGCCACCGCCGCGUUCUCCUGCGCCCACCGCUCCGCCCGUCGAGCGCGAGACGGGCGAGGCGCGCGGGGCCGUGCGUCCGUGGGCGUCGUGGAGCUCGGUUGUGGCAGCGGGGGGCGCGGGAGCAGUGCUGGCGCCCAUCGGCUCGGACGUGCGGCGCCGUGAGCCCGAGCGCGUGCCCGACAACUCGCUGUUCUACUUCAACGGCACGGCCGCCGACACCACGCGCGACUCGUUCGCGUGGCGCCCCGCCCCGCCCGAGCAUCCGGUCUAUGGCGCUGGGGACGGCUACCUCGAAGGGAACCACUCGCUGGGUGCCGCGGUACCGUUCGGCGCCGCGCCCUCCGUGUGGGGCUCAUGGGGCAUCUGGCCAGGCGUCCCGGUGCGUCCCCCGCCCGGCUUCGCACCGCCCGUGACCGCCCCCGUGCCACCACCGCUGGAGACACGCACCUACGACCCCUUUCGCUCGUUAGCCUCCAUCUGGGCCCCCGCACCCAACGAAUGGCGCGCCGCGCCUGGGUCUCCGGCCAGCGAAGAUCAACGCGAAAAUCUCGACUAAACCACACAUACGCAGCAACACAAAACCUGACACAUUUUCUAUUUCUGGAUCAGACCUAUUUUACAUGUCAUUCGUGAAUUCAGCCUCUGGAAAGAAAAGUAUCUUUCGAGAGCAGCUAUACUCAUAUUUUAUACAACUUUGCCUUGCAUCCAAUUUGAUCACCAAUAUGUAACAACCUAUAUGGAGUUUCAAAUCUCCAUUGCUUACACCAGGAAUACAAAAUAAAACCUAGCAAAUGUACUUAAACGCGCCCAUUACAAUAACGUAUCGAUCUAUCACAUCAAACCUACAGGAUGAAAUGCGUGGUCAGGCUCAGUGUAAACAGAAUCAUGUUGUAUCAAUAAGAGCUUCCAGUUUGUGCAAUAUGCAUUUUAUUACUAAAGGUUAUUUCGAUCAACGAAAUCUGACCACAAAGGUCAUAAUAUUGACCAUGAAUAUGUUAUGUAGCUUAUACUUCGCGCAUCGUGUCGUCCUUCUUCGAAAUCUGUCUGUGUCGACCUAGGAGUCUUUACUUAUUACAGAACUACCACCUGUUCAAAAAGUUGUUUGACCAGAAAGACAAAUUCUUUAAGACUAACUUGCUGCUUUCUGAUUAGUUUCAGUUAGAAUACAGUAAGUAAAACGUCGUUCUAAAUUUAAAAAAGUGGUGGUACUGUACUAACAGAUAUCGUUAGUAAACUGAUCGAUGUAGCCAAGUGUGAGUUAACUCGUGUAGUGACGAAGCCGCGGCGGCGCGCUAGUCAUACGUCCCCCGCCGCCGCGCCUCCUCCGCCCUCGUUCGUCUGCGCUCAAUUGGCCGCGUGGAUAUUCUUUGGUUUUAAGUAAUUUUUGUAACAAAUGUUUAAAAAGAUCGGUUAAAGUAACCGCAUUCAAGCAUAUUUUGUUGUACAAGAUCUGAAGUAAAAUAAUGA